ACGAAGAACUCUGUGGACAGAGGAACAACGAAACUGCAGCUUCUGUUCAUCUUCUUCUGCUGUUGAAGAUGGGAGCUGUUAGAAGCUUCAAAUAUCUCGUAUUUGAUAACUAUCUGCCAUUUAUUGCAAAGCCCCCUACAAUUUCUCUUCCAUAUUCCCAAUUAUUCAGACCUAAUUUUGGCGCCAAAUAUGAAAAUUUUACACUUCCCAGAUCGUCUUCGGUCGCCGUUCGUAGUGUUAGGAGGUCUAGGGUUUCUUAUCGAGGAAAUAAGGGGGCGGAGCAUUGUUUUAGGGCGCCGACCAUUUCAUGUUCGAUGGUAGAUGGUAAUGGGGAAUACAAAGAAAUGGAGUGCAAUCCUCUUCAAUGGAUAGCCUGCAGCAUCUGGAUCAAGCCGUGCUCCUUAUGCUCUUGCUCACAGGAGGGUGUUAUUGACUUGAAGCUCCCAAGAAGACGUUUGUUAGUAAGUUUUAUGUGUGAUGGCUGUGGUGUGCGGUCGCAGAGGUUAAUCAACAGACUAGCUUAUGAACGUGGGCUUGUUUAUGUGCAGUGUUCAGGAUGUUCUCAGUUCCACAAGCUUGUCGACAAUCUUGGACUUGUUAUCUAGUAUAACCUGCAGGAGGAAAUUGAUUUAGAUGCUACAAGUCUGGAAGGCUUUUGAUUUGUCGGCAUUUCAAUUUUUGAGGGAAAAGAAUCUGCUGUGAUCUGAUGACAAAUUUAACAAAUUUAAAAUUUAUAAAAUGAUAGUAAAACAUUUUGGAGAUAAAGAAUGAAUAUCAUAUAGGUAAAACUGCUCUGAUGCUCUGAUCCUCUUCUGUAUGCCAAUAUGCCUUUCUCCAAUGCCAAAAUGGUCCCACAGUGUAUCUACAAGAGUCUGCUUCUUGCAUAAAUUUAGAAGAAAAAUCCGCUGACAACCAACAGCGUAGCCAGGGCCGAUCCGGCGGUCACCUGCAUUCUGGUUCUUCCAAGCUGAUGAAGUGAGAUGCCGCCAUUC